GUAUUGAACACGGAUUAAAACUCUCCCGCCCUUUUUACACCCAUGUUAUUAGCCCAAGAAAAAGAAAAAUAAAACACAAGAAAUGUAGCUGAAGGAAAGAUGGCCUUUUGCAACAAAAAUGUCCCCUCUUCUUCUUCAUCAUCAUCUUCUAACCAUUUUCCAAUGUUAGGCCUUCUUUCCCUCCUCCUCUUGCAUCCUACUACCACCUCCUCGCCUUUUGCUAGUGCCAUUCGCGUUGUUACCAUCCAAAAACCUACCUCCGAUGACAUUCCUUCUUUCUGGGAGGCACCUGCCUUUCGCAAUGGCGACUCAUGCAGCUCACGCAACAUAGAUAAGAUCCAAAUAGUAAUGCCUGUUGAUGCCAAUUACAUUAGGGGCACCAUGGCUGCAGUGUUAUCUAUUUUGCAACAUUCAACAUGUCCGGAAAACGCUUCCUUUCAUUUUCUUUCCAUCCAUCUUGAACCUGAGAUCAUUUCCCUCAUCAACUCUACUUUCCCUUACCUUAACUACAAAAUCUACCAUUUUCAUCCUAAUCGUGUUAGGGGAAUGAUAUCCAAGUCUAUUAGACAAGCCUUGGAUCAACCUCUAAACUAUGCAAGAAUUUACCUCUCAGAUAUUCUCCCUACGGACGUGCACCGUGUUAUCUACCUAGACUCUGAUAUCAUUGUUGUGGAUGAUAUUGCCAAGUUAUGGAGGGUAGAUCUGGAAGAUAAAAUCCUGGCAGCACCUGAAUAUUGUCAUGCAAACUUUACAACCUAUUUUACCGACACAUUUUGGUCAGAUGUGAAUUUGGCAAAAACAUUUGAAGGAAGGCGUCCAUGUUACUUCAACACGGGUGUAAUGGUGAUGGAUCUUGAUGAAUGGAGGAAAGGAGGGUACACACAAAAAAUUGAAGAAUGGAUGGUAAUACAAAAGCACAAAAGAAUAUAUCAAUUGGGAUCAUUGCCUCCAGUUUUGCUUGUGUUUGCAGGAAACAUCAAGGCAGUUGACCAUAGGUGGAACCAACAUGGUUUGGGUGGUGACAACUUUGAAGGCAAAUGUAGGGGACUUCACCCUGGACCCAUAAGCCUAUUGCAUUGGAGUGGGAAGGGUAAGCCAUGGUUGAGAUUGGAUGCUAGAAAGCCCUGUACCAUUGAUCACUUGUGGGCCCCAUACGAUCUAUAUCGUUCAUCCAGAGUUGCGUUAGAAGAGUGAGCGAGAGGUGAAUAUCUGAAGAAUGAAGCCUAAGAAAUUGCUGCAUUAGAAAAUGAAAUGGUGCAAGCACCAACGCCGGUGCAAUAUAAUUGCAUUGUAAGACAUUGUCAAGGAAAAUGAUUAAGAUUACAGCUAAUAGUCCUCGGGCUUGGAUGUAGAAUCCUUAGGCCUUGUAUAUCUGAAGAAUGAAGCCUAAGGAGUUUACAGGUACGUUAACAAAAAAUACACAUGCACCGAUUUAUCUUACAACGGAGAAGCCGCCUUUCAGUCAAAAAGGGCUCCAAUUCAAAGAACACCAGUGUCUACACAAAUUAGAAAGCAACUCACCAAGAGCUAGAAAUCUCAGCAUCUUUCUAGUUUAUAGCAGUUGAAUGAAGCAAAGGUAAGGCUGCUGAUCAAGUUUCUUGAGAAAGCAUGUGUGUAAUAGCAGAAGGCACGAGACUCUUUAGCAACAGAAGAGUAUCUUUCACCUAGUAGAAACACCUGGACAACACAAGCAUGUAUGCAGUUAGUUCUCAUAAUCUAUACAGCUAAAUAAUUAUGUA